AUGGUCAGAUGCCCCAUCUGUGACAAGUCCGUCCGGGAGAACAAGAUCAACGACCAUAUAGAUUCAGACUGCCAGAGCUUCAUUACUGACGCCGGCUCAGGCCAGACAACUGAUCGCUCUUCCCAAGGGAACCACCCUGUCUCUUAUUUUUUCCAAAACUCUUCAAGGAAGGCUGUUUCCCAGCCAGUCUCCAAUAUAAAUAGCCACACAUCGUCUCCCACUCCUAUUCCAACUUCAGGUCCAACUCAACUUCCAACACUCAAAGGGAAGCGAUCAUUCAUAGAUCAGGAUGGACUCCAGCGAAAUUUCAAUGGGCCUGGAGAUGCUAUACCGGCUUUGCUGGGAGAAGGCGGUGGCCAUUCAGCGAAACGGAGCCGGGUGUCUAAUGCUCUCAGAAAUGCUGCUCCUCUAGCUGAACGAAUGCGUCCGCAAACCUUGGAUGAUGUCUGUGGCCAGGAGCUUGUUGGACCAUCGGGAGUGCUUCGGGGACUUAUCGAACAGGAUCGGGUCCCCAGUAUGGUGCUCUGGGGUGGUGCCGGCACAGGGAAAACGACAAUUGCAAGAGUCAUUGCAAAAAUGGUUGGCAGCAGAUUCGUGGAAAUCAACAGCACCAACUCCGGAGUUGCGGAAUGCAAGAAACUAUUCGCUGAAGCAAGGAAUGAGCUCAGCUUGUCUGGGAAGAAAACUAUCCUCUUUUGUGACGAGAUCCACCGAUUUUCCAAAUCACAGCAGGACGUUUUCCUCAGUCCCGUCGAGAGCGGCCAAAUCACAUUAAUUGGCACCACCACUGAGAAUCCAUCAUUUAAGGUCCAAAACGCUCUGUUAUCUCGAUGCCGCACGUUCACCCUCUCAAAGCUCAAAGACCAAGAUAUCAUUAUGAUACUUAAUCGGGCCCUGGAAGUCGAGGGACCAAAUUAUUCACCCUCUUCUCUGGUGGACGACGAAUUGAUCAAAUAUCUUGCUGCAUUUGCUGAUGGCGAUGCUCGAACGUCUCUUAAUCUACUGGAACUCGCAAUGGAUCUGUCACAUCGUGAGGGAAUGACUAAAGAUGAACUUAAGAAAUCAUUAACUAGGACCCUCGUAUAUGAUCGCGCCGGUGACCAACACUAUGACACCAUAUCUGCGUUUCAUAAGUCCAUCCGAGGGAGCGAUCCUGAUGCAGCACUCUAUUAUCUAGCACGGAUGAUUCAAUCCGGCGAGGAUCCGCUUUACAUAGCUCGACGUCUGAUAGUGGUUGCUUCUGAGGACAUCGGACUAGCAGAUAAUACGAUGCUCUCUCUUGCGACCGCUACAUACACUGCGGUGGAGAAAAUCGGCAUGCCUGAGGCACGUAUCAACCUUGCACACGCUACAGUUGCCAUGGCUCUAUCAAGGAAAAGCACAAGGGCCUAUCGGGGUCUAAGCAACGCAAUGGCUGUCUUGGAGGAGCCCGGGAUGGCAGGCCUACCCAUUCCCAUACAUUUGAGAAAUGCUCCAACAAGGUUAAUGAAAGAAAUGGGCUAUGGAAAGGAAUAUAAGUACAACCCAAACUAUGUGGAUGGCAAAGUGGCACAGGUGUAUCUCCCUGAAAAAUUGCAGGGCAGACAAUUCCUAGAGGAUCGCGAUCUUGGGUUGCAGGUAGAUUCAGACCUUCAUAGUGACUUUGAGUGCGUGGGUGAUUGA